AUGGAAACGGAGAGCAAGACAACUGUAACGAGUGGUGCACCCUGGAAGUACAAUGGUGCUCUUGUGCGUGACCCUACGAAGCGGAAAAGUUCUGAUUUACUGCCCAAAAAUCUUCGCAAGUGCCCCUAUUGUAGGCGUUUUGGCUGUAGUGAACACAUCAGCCGCUGUGGGCAACAAUUGGUAGAAUGCUCGUGCUGUGGUAUGGAAGUAGAGAUGGCAAGGUUAGCGGCCCAUGAGGAAUACUACUGUAAAGGGCGGGAAAGAAGUCAGACGCGAGUCCUUUGCAGUGAACCACCUACACCUCCGUGCGAACAAAAGAGUGAUGUGAGCUGUAGCAAAGGUCAUGUGUGUGAGGAUGUACUUCCGUCUGCCACGGAACGCACAGCACAAGUAUGCAGGAAACACACUGACCGAAAAGUGAAACCGGCUGUAAGCAAUGGAAAACAAGCUGUGGAAACCAACCUGAAGGGUGUGUCUCCUGAAUGUAAGAUCAAAGGUGACGAUGUGCAGCAGACGGCAACACAUGUGUACCCCGUUGAGCCUCCGCCACUUCCCAAUACAGUACAAUUGGAGGAACGUACAGCUGUUGGUGCACUCACAGAGAACCCGAGUGAGCGCAGUAAGAUGGAUGGUGAGGUUGUGCGGCAAAAGCCGUCCUUCAGUGGCUUCGUAAAGGCAUCCCAUGAGGUGUUAAAAGAUAUCAAAAACUGCCGGUCACAUGCUACUCACUCCACGAAAUGUAACACUACCACAUCUUUGUGGGGUGCCUCGCGUCGGCUAAGUGGAAUGCCAUAUCCAAGGUUGCGGGGCUCAUCAGCCUUCGGUGCAUUUACGGGUUUCUCGAAGGUAGCGAAAGGUAAUGUUGGGGUGGCAUCUCGAACUGAGACUCGGCAUAGUCGACAGCAGAAAGAUGACACAUUAACAGAAACUGGCCCCUCCAUUCCUCCCCAGCGUGUUUGUGUGAGAUCGAAGUCUGCCGCUGCAGGACAAUGA